GACGACGAAGGCCAGGAAAAGGGACACGUGCAACCAGUAGUUCCUUCAUGUGCAUAUACUUGGCUUUCAAAGCGAAGCAAUGACCUCCUAAAGUCGACUCUCUCAGAUACAGGGAGGUAUCUUUCUGUCCGAGAUGAUGCAGUCGAGUUUGGCGCUCGCCUGCAUCGUCAUAGCCGCCAGCUGGUGCAGGACGCUCUGUCUCGUGUUGUCCCUCAACGGCGACUGGAGGGUGUACAAUCGAAAUAAAUCCAUCCUCUUUUCCGGUGUCGUCCCUGGCAAUGUGUAUACAGACCUGAUGCGGGCCAAGCUAAUCGGAGACCCUUACUAUCGGGACAACGACGAGCAAUAUAACUGGGUAGGACGAGAGAACUGGACGUACACCAGGGAAUUUCAGUUGACAGACGAUAUAGUUUCGAGGCACAAAAUCGUCUUAACGGCUCAUGGCAUCGACACGGUGUCGAAUAUUUUAGUGAAUGACGCUCAAGUUGGCUCAACGGACAACAUGUUCGUCAGAUAUGUCUUCGACAUUAAGCCUUACGCCAAGGUGGGGCACAACAAUAUAACCGUGGAGCUGAUCUCACCGGUGCUGUACGCUCGCGAUCAGGCAAAGAUAUCAUCGCGACGGCACGUAAUACCACCCGAGUGCCCUCCUGUGCGCCAAAGAGGGGAGUGCAAUGUCAACCAGCUGCGGAAAUCGCAAGUGUCGUUUGGAUGGGAGUUUGCGCCUGCAUUUCCCACGCAGGGCAUAUGGAAGCAUAUUAACGUCGAGUACUACAACACACUCAUUAUUCGAGAUGUAACAAUCCGGGCAAGGAGCAGACAUUUAUCGCGUUGGACAUUGGACGUCAAGUUGCACCUUGAAGUCGCAUUUUCGGCAACGAAGUCUGUGAUGCUGAACAUAAACUUUGACGACAGGCUUCAACUUGAAAGAAAUAUUUCCAUAACUGCGAACGAUGACAUGACAUCCUCAUAUCACUUUCGGCUCAACAUGCCUGACGCAUUGAACAUUAGCACAUGGUGGCCAAACGGCUAUGGUGAAGCACGAACAUACCUGCUGUCGCUGACCAUAAGCCGCGGUAAGGAAUCGGACACGGCAAGAAAGCGGAUUGCAUUUCGGAAGGUAGAGCUUGUACAGGAACCCAUAAUCAACGGAACAGGUCUUACCUUUCUUGUGAGAAUCAACAACGAGGCGAUAUUUUUGAAGGGGAGCAACUGGAUUCCGCCAGAUGCAUUUCACGAUCGAGUCAGCCAGGAGCGCUUGGAGGCUCUAUUAGACGCUGCUCUUGCAGCUAACAUGAAUGCCAUCCGGGUCUGGGGCGGCGGCGUCUACGAGUGCGACGCCUUCUACUCCCUGGCUGAUAUGAAGGGCAUUCUCAUCUGGCAAGACUUUAUGUUUGCCAGCGCAUUGUACCCAGCAAGCCCCACGUUCCUCAACAGUGUUGCCAUAGAAGCUCGACAACAGGUGCGUCGACUGCAACACCAUGCGUCCAUCUUUCUCUGGUGUGGGAACAGCGAGGGGGAACUUGGAAUGGCGUACAACUGGUGGAGAACGACAACAGAAGCGCACCGGGAGGAUUACAUUGGCUUGUUCCGGGACACACUCGAAAAAAUUGUGACGGAAGAGGACCCGACGCGUCCUUACGUUGGUUCCUCUCCGUCAAAUGGAGUCUUGUCAAAGGUCAGCGGCGGUAUCCACGAUAACCCUAACGACGGGCUCUCUGGAGACGUGCACUUCUUCGACUACUAUUCACCGCCGUGGUCCUGGGAAUCUCUCCCUACACCACGGUUUUGCUCCGCUUUUGGGUUUCCAUCUUUCCCAACAUUAGAGACGCUCUCUACAGCAUUUCCGGCAGAAGACCUUGUAUUUCCAUUCCCUCAAGCGAUAGAGAACAGGAUGCAUCUCGCCAAUGCAAGACUGGACGCAUACAUGUCAUCAGUGCUCAACGUUCCUAGAGCUGACGGAAGCAACGCAGGAUUUCAGAUUUUCGUGCUGAUAUCCCAGAUCUAUCAGGCUAUGGGUACAAAAUCUCAAGUGGAGCAUUAUCGUAGGAGCCAAUUGACGCUCACAAGAUCUCAAGGAUUGACAAUGGGAGCACUUUACUUUGCACUGAACGACGUGUGGCCUGCGCCAUCCUGGUCUUCUAUAGAUUACCAAGGCUACUGGAAAAUGCUCCACUAUUUCGCUGUUCAUUUCUUCAGCCCCCUCCUGGUGUCCCCAUACGUAGAUGGCAGUCAUCUACGGGUAGCUGUACUGGAUGAAACGUACGAAGACGAACCGUACCAUGUGAUUCUUCAUGUUGACGUAUUCUCCUACGAGUCCCUUCAGCCAAGGGGUUACUUCUCGCAGAUACUACACGUUUUGAGUGUCGCCCAAGUAGCGUACUCUCGGAAUUUAACGGAGCUUUUGACGCUCUCCUCCUGCCCGCGAAGCAGUUGCUUUCUUCUUUUCAAGUUGGUGCAGCCGGAUACAAACGAGACCUUGUCUCAAAACUUCCUUCUCCUGGAACCUCCUCGUACAGCGAAGGAUAUCCAAGCUGCCAGAGUGCAUGUUACCAAUACGACUGAGGUCACUAACGAUUCAUUGACUGAUCACACCAUUACUCUGACGACAAAUCACGUGGCGCUUUUCGUGUGGCUGUCAUCUGGACGAGUGAGGGGCCGCUUUUCGGAUAACGGGUUCCUGAUGGCGCAAGAGUCUGUCCGCGUCAACUUCACCAGUGACUUUCCGGUUGCGCUCGACAUCCUCCUGUCCAACCUUACCCUGACUUGUCUUAACUGCCACAGUGGCAGCGGUUAUUCUCCUAUGAGUCCCAUAAAAAUUGUUGAACAGUGCGAGCUGCUUUCCUUUAGGGGUGAAGCGUGGGGACACAUCUUACGCUCACCGUGUGAUAUCCAUCAUCCAGGGAAGCACAUCAUUUUGGGGUCUAAGUGCUCAAAAUACUGUGGUCCUGACACCUUGAUAUAUAGCAUUCGCAUUAAAGGAGCAUGGAAAUCAUUUGGAACAUAUAUUUUUUCACCGCUUGAUAUGAACAUACUACCUUCAUAA